AUGACAAACGACAUUCCUACAACAAAUUGCAUCGGAAACCGACCUCUGAUCAGUAGAAAUCUUAUAACAGUUCUUAGUAUCGAUGGUGGAGGUAUAAGAGGAAUCAUACCUGGUGUCAUUCUCGAGUACCUCGAGUCACAGCUUCAGGAGUUAGACGGAGAGGAAGCAAGGUUAGCGGAUUACUUUGAUGUCAUUGCUGGAACAAGCACUGGGGGUCUAGUCGCCGUCAUGCUAACGGCUCCAGACCAAAACAACAGACCUUUGUAUGCUGCUAAAGACAUCGUUCCAUUUUAUCUUGAAAAUUGUCCCAAGAUUUUCAAACAAUUUAGAGGACCAUUUGGUGAGAUUAUAAAGCUGUUGAUGACACUGGUAGGACCAAAAUACAAUGGGAAGUAUCUUAAAGAGCUGGUGACGAGCUUAUUAGGAACCACCCAGCUGAAUCAGACAUUAACCAACGUUGUCAUUCCUUCCUUUGACAUCAAAACUAUGCAGCCUGUCAUCUUUAGCUCAUUGCAGGUGCCAAGAGAGCCUAGCAUGGAUGUACAAUUAUCAGACAUCUGCCUUGGUACAUCGGCGGCACCUACGUUCCUCCCCGCCCAUUAUUUUCAAAACGGUGAUCGAGAGUUUAACCUUAUCGAUGGUGGCAUGGCUGCUAAUAAUCCGUCUUUGGUUGCGAUUGCGGAAGUGACGAGGCAAGUUCUAAAACAAGAUCGAAAUUUCUUCCCGAUUACACCUCUCGAUUAUGAACGAUUUCUAGUGAUAUCAUUAGGGACGGGCACUGAGAAGCAACAACCUCGAUAUGAUGCAAAAAUGGCUGCGAAAUGGGGAGUUCUUGAGUGGUUAGUCGCCAAGGGUUCAGUCCCAUUGGUAGAAGCUUUUACUCAAGCGAGUGCCGAUUUGGUUGCUUUUCAUGAUAAUGUUGUCUUUGAAGCACUUAAUUCAGUCGAUAAUUAUCUUCGUAUUCAGGAUGAUACAUUGAGUGGAGUCUUGGCUUCAUCAGACAUAGCGACGGAGAAAAAUCUAAACGACCUAGUAGAAGUUGGUAAAAAGUUACUAGAUGGCCCGGUUUCCCGAGUGAAUUCCGAUACCGGAGUGGUCGAACCCGUCCCAAAUGGUGGUAAGAACCGUGAAAUAUUGAAAAGGUUUGCCAAACAACUCUCAGACGAACGAAAACUGAGGGGGACAAAUAAUAUCAAUGGCGAAGUCGUUGAGUGA